CUGCACACCUCGCUCGGUCUGCCCCAGCUCCUUACAGAAGCCUCCGGAUCGCAGCGCGGGGGGAGGGCAGGGCGGGGGGAGCGAGCGGCCGCGCGUGAGGCCGAGGGAGGGGCGGCGGCGGGAUCGGCGGCGGCAGCGGCGGUUCCAGCAUGAAGAGGAGAGCUGGCCUGGGGGGCAGCAUGAGGUCAGUGGUGGGCUUCUUGUCCCAGCGGGGCUUGCAUGGGGACCCCCUGCUCACUCAGGACUUUCAGAGGAGACGCCUGCGGGGCUGCAGAAACCUCUACAAGAAGGACCUCCUGGGCCACUUCGGCUGUGUCAAUGCCAUUGAAUUCUCCAACAAUGGAGGCCAGUGGCUGGUCUCAGGUGGAGAUGAUCGCCGAGUUCUGCUAUGGCACAUGGAACAAGCCAUCCAUUCCAGAGUUAAGCCCAUACAACUGAAAGGAGAGCAUCAUUCCAACAUUUUUUGCCUGGCUUUCAACAGUGGCAACACCAAAGUAUUCUCUGGAGGAAAUGAUGAGCAAGUUAUCCUCCAUGAUGUUGAAAGCAGUGAGACCCUGGAUGUGUUUGCCCAUGAAGAUGCCGUGUACGGUUUGUCGGUGAGCCCAGUGAAUGACAACAUUUUUGCCAGCUCUUCGGAUGAUGGCCAGGUUCUCAUUUGGGACAUCCGAGAGUCUCCCCAUGGAGAACCCUUCUGCCUGGCCAACUAUCCAUCAGCCUUUCACAGUGUCAUGUUUAACCCUGUGGAGCCCCGGCUAUUGGCCACAGCCAAUUCAAAGGAAGGAGUGGGACUCUGGGAUAUUCGAAAACCUCAGAGUUCUCUCCUUCGCUAUGGUGGCAACUUCUCCCUCCAGAGCGCCAUGAGUGUGCGAUUCAACAGCAAUGGGACCCAGCUCCUGGCCCUGAGGCGCCGCUUGCCUCCUGUACUCUAUGACAUCCACUCCCGCCUGCCUGUGUUCCAGUUUGACAAUCAGGGUUACUUCAACUCUUGCACUAUGAAGAGCUGCUGUUUUGCAGGAGAUCGUGACCAGUACAUCCUAUCAGGUUCUGAUGACUUCAACCUGUACAUGUGGAGAAUUCCUGCAGAUCCAGAAGCAGGUGGCAUUGGUAGAGUGGUCAACGGAGCCUUCAUGGUGCUGAAAGGGCAUCGAUCUAUUGUUAACCAGGUCCGCUUUAAUCCCCACACCUACAUGAUCUGCUCCUCUGGUGUCGAAAAGAUUAUCAAGAUCUGGAGCCCAUAUAAGCAGCCAGGGUGUACUGGAGAUCUCGAUGGUCGGAUUGAGGAUGACUCUCGCUGCCUCUAUACCCAUGAGGAGUACAUCAGCCUGGUGCUGAACAGCGGGAGCGGCCUGUCGCAUGACUAUGCCAACCAGUCGGUCCAGGAGGACCCCCGGAUGAUGGCCUUCUUUGACUCCCUAGUGCGUCGAGAAAUUGAGGGCUGGAGCUCUGACUCAGACAGUGACCUCAGUGAGAGUACUAUCCUCCAGCUUCAUGCUGGGGUCAGCGAGCGCUCAGGCUACACAGACUCAGACUCUUCCGCAUCACUGCCCCGCUCCCCACCCCCGACAGUGGACGAGUCUGCCGACAACGCCUUCCACCUGGGGCCUCUGCGGGUCACCACCACAAAUACGGUGGCAUCAACUCCACCACCACCUACGUGUGAGGAUGCUGCUUCUCGCCAACAGCGCUUGUCUGCUCUGAGGCGUUACCAAGACAAGCGCCUCCUGGCCCUUUCCAACGAGUCUGAUUCUGAAGAGAACGCCUGUGAAGUUGAACUGGACACAGAUCUAUUCCCUCGGCCACGGUCACCCAGCCCUGAGGACGAGUCCAGUAGUUCCAGCAGCUCCAGCAGUUCAGAGGAUGAAGAGGAACUGAAUGAACGCCGAGCCUCCACCCGACAGCGAAAUGCUAUGCGUCGCCGGCAGAAGACACCCCGAGAAGAAAAGCCUAGUGCCCCAGCCAAGCCCACCAACACAUACAUUGGAGAAGACAACUAUGAUUAUCCCCAAAUCAAAGUGGAUGACCUCUCCUCCUCCCCUGCCUCCUCCCCUGAGCGGAGCACUUCCACUUUGGAGAUUCAGCCAAGCCGGUCUUCACCAACCUCUGACAUAGAGUCAGUUGAGCGAAAAAUUUAUAAAGCUUACAAGUGGCUCCGCUACUCCUAUAUCUCUUACUCAAACAACAAAGAUGGUGAGAGCUCCCAGGUAACUGGGGAGGCAGAUGAUGGGAGAGCAGGAACCAGUCGCAAGGAUAACCCAACCCCUUCUUCCAGUAAGGAAGUCUGUGUAAACACAGCCAUGGUCCAGAGAAACCAGGACCUGCGUCCUGAAGGCCACAGCAAGGAUGCUUUUAAAGAAGGGACUUCUAGAAACCCCAGCAAUGGCCCAGGCCAUGAGCAUAGCAGCCAUGCUUGGGCAGAGGUACCAGAGGGCACCUCUCAAGACACUAACAAUAAUGGCUCUGUAGAACACUCUUUUGAAACCAAGAAGCUCAAUGGAAAAGCCUUAAACAAGGCCAUGAGCAGCCGGGCUGAGGAGUCAACCUCUCCUCCUGGCCCCAAGGCAUCUGACUCUAUUUCCAACAGUGGAUCUGGCAACUGUCCCAGGACCCAGUCCGAUGACAGUGAGGAGAGGAGCCUCGAAACCAUCUGUGCCAACCACAACAAUGGACGCUUACACCCCCGCCCUCCUCACCCCCACAACAAUGGGCAGAACUUUGGGGAACUGGAGACCAUGGCUUAUUCUUCUCCAGGACAUUUGGACACUGACCAUGAUAACUUGUCCCUGUCAGAGACACUCCUACACAGAGAUUGUUUUGGGUCUGAAAUGACCUGUGAGACCCCCAGUACUGGAAUGAGAGAGGACCCGACUGACCCCCCAGCUACAGACAGCAGCAGCAGGGCUGUGCAUGGCCAUAGCAGCUUCAAAAGACACCGAGUAGAAUUGGAAGAUGGAGAUCCAGAGAAUUCUUCCUCAGAAAAGAAAUUAAAGACAUGAUCAGUAUAAAGGGGAGGGGGAGAGGCUAUGAAAAGUAGCUUUACAAGGGGGGAAAAAAAAUCCUGUUUAGUGAACACAGAAAAAAGGGGGGAAAAAGUAUUAAAGGCACAUCAAAACUAGGGCCUGACGUUUUGUGUCUGAUGCUGCUCCCUUCUGUUUAACAGUGGGUUUGAGUGUUUAGUUGGCUGUUGACUUAUGCUGUGGUGAGUGAGGGGAAGAAAUGCAAGUGACUCCUCUCUUGAGACUUGGACAUAGUAUACCAGUGCAAGGUUCUGUCACAGUGAGUCCAGUUGAGACGUCCGACUUAGUCUUGUGUAUGUGUGCACUAGCACGCCUGAGUUCAGCCUCUUUGCCCAGCCGUCUCCUAAGACUUUCCUUUUAUUUCUCUAUCAGAAUGCAUCUAUGAAUGUGUCUUUUUUGCCAUCUCAUCCUGUUUACAUGCCAUAGGUGUUCUGGUCUUAAUGAUGAGUGCCUAUUAAAUUAGGUUGUGCUGCCACUGAGUUGUGGAUUUAUGCUGGAGAAUGGAAACAGUGUUUCAGUCCAUUGGUUGUGCUAGAUAGAAAAACAUGGUUGCAUCCUUAAAGAAACCUUCCAUGUUCUAAGUAGCACUCCUUUGAGCAUUUAAUGUGGACAUA